CCCCCGCCCCGCCCCUCCCGCCCGUCCCGCCGCGCUCGGGGCCGCGGCACCGGCACCGGCACCGGGACCGGACCGGACCGGCCGGGCCAUGGCCCCGCAGCCGCCCAGCCCCGGGCAGUACCUGCGCUCCGACAGCGGCGGCUCCGACGCGCCCAUGCUGCCCGAGGGCUCCGCUCCCGGUGCCGGUGCCGCUCCCGGUGCCGCUCCCGGUGCCGCUCCCGCUCCGGACGGGGGGCAGCGGCGGCGGCGCUGCGGGCCGCUCUGGGGCAGCGUGGCCGUCAUGGCCAUCGUGGCCCUGCAGAUCGCCUCCACCACCGGCCUCUUCGUCUACUUCACCAUGGCCAUCGCCAAGCUGCGCCCCCAGGCUCCGGGCAGCGCCGAGGAGCUGCGCUGUCUGCAGAUGCUCAACCAGCAGCCCGAGGGCUCCAGCCUGGAGGAGCUGAGCAGCAGCCAGGGCUGCCUCAAGCUGGCCAGCACCAUCAAAGCCUACGUGGCCACGGUGACCGAGAACAUCAUCCGCAGGAAUGCUGUGAAGGAGGCCUGGCAGAGCUACUACAACACCUCCGAGGGGCAGCUGCCUCCCAAAAGAGCCGGGAAAGCCUCAGCACAUCUCACACUGCGCCCACAGAGCCUGGCCCAGGAUGGACCCCCGCCGCGGCCCGGGAACCUGUCGCAGUCGUGUCGCCACGCGCUGCGGCACUGGGGGCACGGCGGGCUGCGCUCCCACCUGCACAACAUGAGCUACGGCGCGGGGCGGCUGCGGGUGGAGCAGCCCGGCAAGUACUACGUCUAUUCCCAGAUCUAUUUCCGCUACCCCGGGGCCGGCGGGGACUCGGGGCCGCAGCUGGUGCAGUGCAUCCAGCGGCAGCCGGCGCACGGGCCGCCGCUGCUGCUGCUCAAGGGCGUGGGCACCAAGUGCUGGGCGCCCGCCGCCGAGUUCGGGCUGCAGGCGCUCUACCAGGGCGGCCUCUUCGAGCUGCGCGCCGGCGAUGAGCUCUUCGUGUCCGUCUCCUCCCUGGCCAUCGACUCCCACGAUGCUGCAGCCACUUAUUUCGGGGCCUUUCGGCUCGAGCUGUGAGCCCCCGGCGUGGCUCCUGGGCAGGGCUUGCUCUUGUCACCGUGCUGGCUCUUGUCACCGUGCUGGUCCUCAGGGUGAGGGACGAGCCAGGAGGGACACGGGGGUGCUGCCCACAGGGUCCGGCUGUGCCCGGUGCCACCCUCAGCCGUGAGGCAGCAACGGGCUGCAGGACCUGCAGGGGACACGCCCGUGCCAGCCCUGGGGACAUGCCAGCCCUGGGGACACGGCCAUGCCAGCCCUGGGGACACACAUGCCAGCCCUGGGGACCCGGCCAUGGCCAUGCCAGCCCUGGGGACACAGCCAUGCCAGCCCUGGGGACACGGCCAUGGCCAUGCCAGCCCUGGGACAUGCCAGCCCUGGGGACAUGGCCAUGCCAGCCCUGGGGAAAUGCACAUGCCAGCCCUGGGGACAUGCCAGCCCUGGGGACACACACAUGCCAGCCCUGGGGACAUGCACAUGCCAGCCCUGGGGACAUGGCCAUGCCAGCCCCGGGGACAUGCCAGCCCUGGGGACACACACAUGCCAGCCCUGGGGACACACACAUGCCAGCCCUGGGGACACAGCAGCUCCCUGCAGCAGGAAAGGCACCAAGGUCACGUCUGAAAGUGUCCCCACAGUGACACCCACGAGCCUGAGCCCACCUGGGCAGGGCUGUUGUGCCAGGACUGGGGCUGGAAGCACCCCCAGGGCAGGGCUGGCACCUCUGGCACAGCAGUGAGGGCACGGGGCAGGUCCAGGGAGGGAGUUUCAGUCUGGGAGAUGAAAACCUGGGGCACAGCAGCCCUGGCUGCAGGGAGGGCAAAGGGCAGGACAGUGACACUGCCAGUCCUGGCAGCACAGCUGGCACGUGGCACUGGGGCACGUGGGGACUGCACAGAGCAGGAGCUCAGCACAGCUGCUGGCCAAGCACCUCUCCCUGUGGGAUUUUGUCAUUCCCAGCCCCCAGUUCCUCACAGCCCCUGCAGGGUCCCAGCUCUGGGUGACCUUGGAGGGACCAAACCAGCCCUGGGGUGAUGGAGGCCACCCCAGAGGCCAGAGGUGGCUCCAGGCAGGGCCCAGCUGGCUCAGCCCACGGACACUGGGUGGGCACAGCCCCCUUUUCUAACUCCCCUUUACUCUCUGUAUCCCACUAAGCCUGGGGGGAUUUACAGACAGGUGUGGGCUCCCAGGGAGGAUGGAAUAAAUCCUUGUACUCCAGCACAGUCUGGCCCUUUGCACCCAGGAUGGACCCAGAGCCAGAGGGGACAAAAUCCAUUCCAAAAACCAUCCUCUUUCUUUCACCUCUCAUCCCCCCUCCUGCUGUCACCUUGGUGACCCACAGCAGGGCUCUUGGCACCCCUGGGAGCUGAUCCACCCCUGGGGCAGCCAUGGGAGAGCAGAGCUGCAGGAAAUGCAGCAGGUGGCUGCAGGAUUUCCUUUGGAAGGGAGCUGAACGUGGACACAGCCAGUGGAGCCAGCAGAGGUUGUGUCUGCCAGGGAGGAAGCAGGGAAAGCAGAGAGCAGGGGAGCUGGGCUCAGAGCCCAGCUGGUUUCCUGGAAAGGAGAGGGCUCGUGGGUGGGUGCAUGGGGAGGGAGAACUGCAGCAGCAUCAGGGCAAAGAGCAGCCUCACCCUGUGUGAGACAGCCCAGCUGGAAUUCCUGGCUCUGAGGAACUGGCACAGGCUGCCCUGAACAGCCUCAGCCUCCCUGGACACCCCCAGCCUGGCCAGCUGCUCCCACCUGGAGGGGAAGCCAGGUGUGAAAACCCAGCCUGCACAAAAACUGCCUGUGCCAGCACUGACAUGCUCCAGGAGAGAAACAACAAAGUGUGGAAAGACCUGGAUGAGGACACAGCUCUUUUCUCUGAGGAAACAGAAUCUGCUGCACAAAUGGAGCAAAGUGCUGAUACAGCUUUUCUGUUAUUGUUAAAAUCGUUUAUUAGAAAUUACAACUCGCUAUUUUAAUGAA